ACAACAUACAACAUCACCACAAGUCUUUUUACACGCGGCACCAAGCUAUUGGGGCUUACGUUCCGAGCCAACCAUCCUUGAAACUCUGAUUUCACGUUUGAAUUCCAUCAUAGUCAAUUAUUCUUCUGUAUGAGGUCAAGAACUUUGUGAAUAUCGUGGUGGCCUUAACAUGGGAGCCUCGGAGUCGAAGUUAGUCUUCAAGCAGGGCAUCUUUCGCCUGUCGGAGGAGAAGGAAAUCCCCGCAGAUGAUCCGUACUGGGCAAGAUUCUGGGAGCUUCCUGAGUCCACAGAAGAUGUCUUUAGUCUCUUCACCCCAGCAGAUAUCCGACGAACACGCGAUCAAGCGCUGGGCAAUUUUGAGACCCUGUUACUAUCAAUAACAUCUCGUCUCACGGCUUUAAAAAACCAUCCUUCCUUUCCGGACCCAGAACUCGCUCCCGAUCGAGAUGCGCUGAACUGCAUUCGCAUUCUUACCCACGUCCUUCCCUACGUUUAUGAAGCGGACCAUCUCGAGGAUUGGGAGGAGAAAUUCUUUUGGACUCGGAGGAGGAAAAAGACUAGGGCGGCCCAGCUGGCGACAGACGUCCUAUUUGAUGAAGCGAACGGCCAAGAUGGACAAGACCAACCGUCCCCUCGGGAUCGUGAUUACGAGGAUGUGAAGCCUUUGGCUGAGGAGCUGAUUGACACGCUUAUGGAUCUCCUCUUCUACUCGGAUUUUACCAUCCCAAGGCUACCUUCGGCGAAGGGCAAUGUUUCGUACUCUAUCUGGCAAAGUGGGGUCGGUUGCAAUACGUCAAUGGGCUCGAGCAAGGAAUUUGAGAAUAAUCGCAGUGAGGUCCUCCGGCUCCUACUCACAUUGACCGGAAAAGCAAUGUAUAUGUCUUCCAGUUUACUCCCGGUCCAAGGUGUGAAGGCUAUCACAUACAUUACAACUUCUCAAGAGAAACAGGCAGUCUUAACAUUGCUAUGCUCACUAUUAAACACGGCUAUCAAGUAUAAUCCCGCGUCGUGGAGAGUCCCAUACGACCAUGUGGUGUGGAAGGACCCGAGACAAAUAUUGGUUAUCUACUGCCUUCAGUUCCUUCUUGUGCUUCUCUUAUAUCCAGUUCCAGAGGAUGGUCGUGGAACUCCCCCAAAGAACUACUACCGCCACUACUUUGGUCGUCUGCAUAGACCACAGGACUUCCAAUUCCUUGUCGAUGGCAUGACCAGAAUUCUGAAUCAGCCUAUGCAAGCAACAACGUCCUAUCUCCCUGGUAGCCAAAAGUCCGUCAAAUGGGCACCGGAGAUGUUGGUUCUCUUCUGGGAGGCCUUGCAAUGCAACAAGCGAUUUAGAUCUUUCAUAAUUGACUCAAACCGCUCCCAUGACUUUAUUAUUCUCUGUUUAUUUUAUGCCAUUAUAUACAAGUCCGACCCAGCCAAGCAAGGCGUUGUCCGGAUGUGCAUAUUCAUUCUGCAAACCAUGAGCGUUGAGCCUAAUUUCGGGCAGAGUUUGAAUAAGAAGUUUGAGGCUCAAGAUACCCUUCCACAGAGUAUUCGCAUACCUGGGUUUAGAGGAUCUUAUGCUGAUUUCUUGUUUAUGUCUGUUCAUACCUUGAUAACCACCAGCAAAGGCAAGCUGAACGCUGUCUAUCCAGCUCUACUUGCUGUUAUCAACAACAUAGCGCCAUAUGUUGAACAUUUAUCUCCGGCAACGUGCUCAAAGAUCCUUCAACUUUUCUCGUCCAUGUCGGCGCCCAGCUUCCUCUUGGCCAAUGAGACCAACCACACCCUGCUUGCUUCGGUGCUGGAAUCCAUCAACUCGAUUCUCGAGCACAAUUUCACAAAAAACCCGUCCCUCAUUUACGCAAUUCUGAAAUAUAGAAAGCGUUUUGAAGCGGUGCGAGAGUUUACACUAGAAAGCGGCCAGCAGGAGAUUGAACGGCAAAACGAGAGAAGAAAGGCCGAAAAUCGUGAUCUUGUUGCCAGUCCAGUUCUUUCGGCAUCUGAAGAUGAGCCCCGCAUUUCCUCUGGAGCACGGUCACCUUUAGGCCGAAUUCCAGAAGAGAAUAACAACCCAUUUGCCAUUGGAGGGGAUGACUCGGAUGAUGAGGGCGAAGGACAACACACCCCGGCACAGGAUUCAACUUCCGUCCAAACUUCCCGCCGGUCCUCAAUUUCAUCUAUAGUCGAUGAGAGCGUCCCCUUACAACUCAGGGGUAUGUCAGAGAAGGCGCGAGGCAAAAUGCCCGCCGGACAGCCGUCUUUCUCUCGACAAAACAGUAUGACAAGCCAAAGCAGUAUGUCUGCUAUCUUCUCGGCAUCUUCGAAUACCUUCACGCCAACUACCGCUUGGCUUGAGUCUUGGUUACCCGAACUCCCUCUUCAUACUAUUCUUACAGUCAUCUCAGCCAUCACCCCUAAUGUUCCCGAGUCUGCAUUUGAGUCGUCUACUAGCCCUGAGGCUCGUUCAUUGAUUGCAAACCUUGCAUCAUUCUCGGAAGACCCAAUGAUCCGAUGCAUUACCGCAGAACCCGCACCGGAGCGCGUGCAUUCCUUCGAAUGGUCAGCCCUGUCGAUGGGCUGGUAUGAAUCAUUGCUCUGGGGAUUCAUCUUUUCGGCCGAAAUGGUUGUUGGUUCUGCAUCUGGGGCUACUCCUGGUACAGUUGGUGUAUGGAAUGGGACGGCGAUUAAGCUGUUCAAGGUCCAGGAAGCUGCCGCCCAGGGACCAACCUUACUCGCACCCAAAGGUGCUGUGGAUGCCGUUGGAAGUAAUUUGGUCCAGCGGAUCGGAAAUCUUAGUCUCCGACGGAGUAGCACGCAGCAGGACUCCCAGAACAACUCUCGGCCUCCGUCCGUUCGUGAGGUCUAACGCUCUGACCCACCACUCUCCAUGGGGUUCCGUUACUUCAAGAUAGUAGCCUUGUUCUUAAUGACUUUACUUUGUUCCAUAUGAUACCUAGCUGGCGUUCACAAUUGAGUAUUGAUUAGGAAAGGCUAGUGAUAACUUCCCUCGUAUACCUACCCAGAAUUGGCAUACACUGGUGGUGCCCCCUCUGACUUCAGAAACCUCAGUUAUAAUAAAGACAAAUAUAACCUAGCUAGCC